CGACGUUCCAAAUAAUAAAAAACAUAUCUAAAAGAAGGCAUGUCCUGAACUACCCAAUCCAUCGGAUAAUAGCACCGCAAAAGUUCAAUUGCGUAAUAUCGGAACCGGACCGACUUUAUAGCAUAUGAUUGAGACUCAAUCCCUACGCUCUUUCACCACGCACACUCAAACUUGCAAAACAAAACAAACCGCAUCUUGAAGAAAAAACCCUCGAGCUGCUGCCCGCAAACUCUCAAAUGGCCGAGCCGCAGCAGCAUGACGAUCAGCCGCAGGAGCCGGUGGCUGAGUUCUGGUCCUUCCCCACCGACCCGGCCGAGUUCGACAACGACGAGCGCGUCUCCUUUUCGCGGCUCGAGAACAAGUACAUCGCGGUGCAGGAGGAUGGGGCGGAGUACGAGUGGGACGGCGGCCUGAAGCGCUGGAUCCCCAUCGUCGACGACGCGCUGAUUGAGUCGCACCAGGCGGCGUACGGCGGCGGUGCUGCAGAGGACGAAGAGGCGCCAGCGACGACGGCAGCCGACAGGAGGAAAAAGAAGCGAAAAGCAGGCGACGAUGACGGCGGCAAGGCGAAGCGGCCGCGACAGAACACGGCCGUCUACGUCACGGGCCUGCCGCUCGACGUGACGGUGGAGGAGAUCGCGGAGCUCUUCUCACGAAAGUGCGGCGUCAUCGCCGAGAACAUCGACGACAGCAGCCCGCGCAUCAAGCUGUACACGGACGGCGGCGGCAACUUCAAGGGCGACGCCCUUGUCGUCUUCUUCAAGCCCCAGUCGGUCGACAUGGCCAUCAUGCUGCUCGAUGACACAGACUUUAGGAUCACGCCGUCGGGCCUCUCGAGCGGGAGGAUAAGGGUUCAGGCGGCAGACACGAGCUACAAGAGAAAUAAUUACGACCAGGAGGGUGGAGCAGAAGGUGUGGACGGAGCGGGUAGUGGUAAUGGUAACAGCGGUAGGGGGUCUGCGGCGCCGGCAGCGGAGAAUGGCAACGGCGGCCAUACGCGUAAUACGACUGACAAGGCCAAGGUGAUCAAGAAGGCGCAGAAAAUGAGCGCGAAACUGGCAGACUGGGACGACGACGACCCGUACCCGUACCUUGCGGCUGCAGUCGGAGCAGGGGCUGGAGGAAACGGACCGACCAACAAAAAGGCCGAACGGACCGUGAUACUCAGGCACAUGUUUACGCUCAAAGAGCUGGACGAAGACCCGGCGGCGCUACUCGAGAUCAAAGAGGACAUCAGGGACGAGUGCGAAAAGCUUGGCGAAGUCACCAACUGCGUACUCUUCGACCUGGAGGAGGACGGCAUUGUGAGCGUCAGGUUCCGCACCCCCGACGCGGCCGAGGCGUGCAUCAAGCUCAUGCACGGCCGGAGCUUUGACGGGAGGACGGUGCAGGCCUCCCUAGCGACCGGAAAGGAGAAGUACAGGAGGUCCAAAGACAAAGAUGACGGCCUGGAUGAGGAUGAUGCCUAAGUACGGGCGCUACUUGUCGGCGACUCUGACCCUUGGAAAAGAUAUUAAUUCGGUGAUGGUAUAUUUGGGACGCCAUCGAUUGUUUGUUUCGAGUAGAUUCAGCUUUAUACCCCGCCAUUGCCCAAGUGGCAGCUAUCAUGAUCUCUAAGGACAUGAGCUUCUAAACCCCUGUAUUUUUGUCUCAUCCAGCUGCAACAACUCCCCACCCAAGUCCCAAGGCCCAUCGCGGGGAAAGAAAAUGAAACUAUUGUUUUUUGACAAUGCAUCAUCUCUUCUUGUCCAAAGCCUCCUUCUUGACCCCCUCCACAAACGCCUCGACGGCCUCACCCCCACCCAGCGGCACGCUGCCGCCGCGCACGAGCCCGCCGUUCUCGACCUUGACGCCCAGGGCCUCGGCGAUGGUGGGCAGGCCGCCGUCGCGCAGGGCCAUGGACAGGCUGGACAGGCUCUGGUGGAACUGCGGGCUGCGGAGGACCUGCUUGAGCAGCGCCUUCUUCUCGGGUAGGCUCAUACUGGCCUUGGCGGCAGCGGCGGCUGGGGGGUUGGCCUCGCCGUCGAACUCGUCGUCGGCGGCCAUGACGACGAUGGUUGCCGGGAGGAGGUCCAGGAGGUUGUCGAUGUAGGUCUCGUCGGCGCCGUCGAUGACGGGUAUCGUGGUUGGCGUCUCCAGCAGAUCGCUCAGCAGAGGGUAGACUUUGCCCUGGGCUUGGGAUUGCUGCUGUUGGUUCCCACCGCCCGAGGAGCCGGCGAGGGAGUCCAGGAGGUUUUGAACGAUGGUGGCUGCGUCUGUGGCUCCUCCGCGUCUGUCAAGGGUGGUUCUGGUGUUAGCCGAUUUGUACUGGUACAUGCAGAGAUGUAGAAAGAGCCAGAGCAGUCAUGUGAUAAGACUUAUUGGGACGCAUGCAAGAAAUGAUUAGACUCCUCGUUCUAGUGACGCCGUAAACCAUUCUAGAAGUAC